GUUGGCGGCGGUUGGAAAUUAGUCCGAGCCGUGCCUGCGAGGAGUGAGGUUGUCGCUGUGCUGCUGCUGGGGCUUUUGCGCGUAUUUUAACGACCGCUCGUAGACAUGGCUGACCAACUGACAGAAGAGCAGAUUGCAGAGUUCAAAGAAGCUUUUUCACUAUUCGAUAAGGAUGGUGAUGGCACAAUCACCACAAAGGAGCUUGGCACAGUCAUGAGGUCGCUUGGCCAAAACCCCACAGAAGCUGAAUUACAGGAUAUGAUAAAUGAAGUAGAUGCUGAUGGUAAUGGAACAAUUGACUUUCCUGAAUUCUUGACUAUGAUGGCUAGAAAAAUGAAAGAUACAGAUAGUGAAGAAGAAAUCAGAGAAGCAUUCCGUGUGUUUGACAAGGAUGGAAAUGGUUAUAUAAGCGCUGCAGAGUUGCGUCAUGUGAUGACAAAUCUGGGUGAGAAAUUAACGGACGAAGAAGUUGAUGAGAUGAUCAGGGAAGCAGAUAUUGAUGGGGAUGGCCAAGUAAAUUAUGAAGAGUUUGUACAAAUGAUGACAGCAAAGUGAAGACUGUACAGAAUGUGUUAAAUUUCUUGUACAAAGAUGUUUAUUUGCCUUUCUUUGUUUGUAACUUAUCUGUAAAAUGUUUCUCCUUACUGUCAAAUGCAUGUAUAGUAAUUUAGAAUUCCAUUCAUGUUUCCCAUAUUACUGUCAGUCUCUAAUUUGUUUCAAUGAAAAGUUGAUCAAGUAACUAAAGCUGCAUGUGGCUUACUCUGGAGUUCCUAUAAGCCCAUUGUGCACAAAUGCUAGCUUGAUGAAUUUGUUCAAAUGAGGGAACACCUAGAAUCUAACUUCCCACUUAAAUUUUUUUUAUAUAACUUCCCUCUUUAAAGCUGACUGACUUCAAGUAACCUGUUUGCUUGUUGGAAUGUGGAGUAAACAACUCUAAAUUUAAAGAUAGUUAACAAUACUGAAAUUAUGUUGCACUAAUGCAGAACUGGUAUAUCCAGGUACUUGUCUUGUACACUUAUUUCUUUCCUUUCCUGCCCUUCUGUUCCUUUGCUCCAGUACAGUGUACAUCUUCACUAGGCUUUUUAAAGAUUCUUUUUGUGCCCACUUUCACUGAAGGACCUACAUCACAUUAAACAUUAGUGAGUUGUAAGUUCUUACACCAGUAAAAGUUUUCCUUUUUGUUUAGCCACUUUUCAGAAGAACCUGCUUAUGGCACAAUUUGCCUCAAAUCCAUUCCAAGUUGUAUAUUUGUUUUCCAAUAAAAAAAAAAUUUAUUAUG